UCCCAUAUCCUCUUAAAUCUUAAUCCAUAUCCUUUCAUUCUUAUAAGCUUAAAAGAAAUAUAGGGACAAAACAAAGAAAACAAAAAUAACCAGAACAACUGAAAUGGAAGAAUCUGAUAUCUCGCCUCCACCGUUCACCGCUAGAUGCGACCAACCGUCUGAGCUGUCGCCUCCCUUUGACGACCAAAAUCACCCGCCAGACAUGGGCUAUGAGUGUCUCCUGUCACCUUCACUUUCCCUCUCCUCAUCUCCAUGAAUUUACCCCAAGAAAUUCAAGUGGGGGAUAUAUUUUGAGAAGACUGAGAUUGAAGAAAUCAACGGCAGCUGAAAACGUAAAGAUAAGUAAUCAACAAAGUAAUCUCAACCACUCAUAUAAAAGAAUGAUGACUUUAAGUCAAAAUGAAAAAUUUUGGUUUAUCCGAUUUACAAAUGGAACUCUGUUGGACUUUCUGCAUAAAUUUGUAUAUUUUAAAAUCAUUUCAAAUGAUUCUAAUAAUGUAAUUUAUUUACAUCUUUCAAAGGUUGUAAACUCUUAUAUUUAAAUUUUUAAUAGUUUUCUAGUGGAUGAUAUAAUUAGUUGAGUAAUUGAUUAUAUUAUCAAUGUAAUAGCUCGAUAUAAGUGUUAAGCUUCCGUAUUAGUUUAAAUUCAUCUUGUUUAAUCAUUUGGUUAGUUUCGGGUUGUUACACCUACGGUACGGGUUUAUAUCCAAGAAAUC